UUUUGUUUUUUAGAUGUACUUCAGAGAUUAUCUUGAUUUCUGAUUCCUUCGAAAAUAGACAAUGUACAAUCUUAUGAAGUCUUUAGUUCAUUGUAUACCAUGCAUAUGAUUAUCCUAUGGUUUGGCUCACUUGUUUUGUCUGUUUCACAACCCAGCUUAACUUCUUUGGAUUUGCAGUUUAGUCAUGCAGACAGGAAGCUGCUGCGAUGAUAGUACAGGCAGUCUAGGUGGAGAUAGUGAAACAAAUACUACUGUCGCUAGUAGUCCUGGCUUUGAUCUUCCUGUGUCUAAGGGCUCACCAUUGUUACCAGAACCUCCUGAAGAUAUUAUUUUGUCUCAACGUGCAAUAUACGAUAAUUUAAGCUCAACGUCUGGAAAAGAAAUAAGCAAAAUGGAAAAUCCUAUCAGUUCCAGUUUGUCGAACACUACUACUAACAUCAUGAUUUGUGAAUCUUCAACACCUAAAUCUGUCAAAGCAGCUAAUUUCAUCCCUCCUAAUCCAUUUACUAAUCCCCCAUCCUUUGAGCCACCGAGUCUGCCUUAUUCUUAUUCUGAAAAUAUUGCAUCUGGUUUACCUGCCUACUCCCCACAGUUCACUCCAACCACUUGUACACCAUCUACAUUUCCUUCGCCUGGAUCUGCCUUUACAGAACUUCAUCCAAAAAUUGGAUCAUCUGGUAAAACUAGUUGUUUUGUUCAGCCUACAGCAAUAACGUCGUCAAUGUCGCCUAAAUCACUGAACAAAGAAAGUAUUCAGUCAAAUUACCCAACUAGCAGUGCUCGAAAUGAAUUGUCGGAAUGUAUUCCUAAAAAUACAGUUGCUGUGAAACAUUUAUGUCGUAUCUGCGGUCAGUCACAUGACCCAACCUCACCUCACAUAUAUAAUUAUACACAAACUGUGGAUGCUGAUUUAUGCUGUACAUUAUGCUGUCAACCUUUGAUUGAUCCCCUUGAUACUAAAUGUGGUCAUACGUUCUGUUCACCGUGUCUAAAGAAUCAUUUAGCUGUUCAAGCUCUUUGUCCUGUGGAUAGACAAAUUAUCAAUUACUUAGAAUGUCAACAAGCCUCGAAUAUCGUUAAACGGUUAUUAGAUAAAUUAUUAGUUGCUUGUCCCAAUUCACCUACCUGUGAUAGUAUAGUUUAUCGUUCAAAUCUUGAAGAACAUUUACGUGAUUGGUGUAUCAAGUUACAUCCACCUCGUGAAAGGAUAAUACAAAGUGGUGGAGUGAAACCAUCGCGUCCAGGUCAAAAUAAUCCAUCUAAAAAUGUAUUUUUGUCUACUUUCAUUGGAACUGAAUCACACGACUCAGGUAUGUUUCCACCAACAAUAUCUGAGUCAACAAGAUGCACAAGGAUGAUGGAUCCACAGAUCAUACAGCAGCAUCAGCAGCAACAACAACAACAACAGCAGAGAAACAUGAAUUUUCACAGUCCACAUAGUGACUCCAGUUUUGGUAUUGUUUAUCCCAAUCAAUAUAUGAAAGAGUUUCCUCAUAGUAGUUUCGCAUCAGUUACACGGAGAGGAUCAGAUAAGAUAAUGAAAACAAACUAUCAGAACAGUUUACCGCAUAUUGAAGAUCAGUCUGACUCACCAGUUAUAUAUGAAGGUGUUCCUGUUUCAAUUAUAAUUUGUCGUCCACCUAAUUGCCUAGAUUUGGGCUUCACUUUUGUCGGUGGUAUUGAUACACCGUUGGCAUGCAUACUUAUACAAGAAAUCUAUCUGGAUGGUCCAGUCGCUACUGAUGGACGUCUUAGACCUGGUGAUCAGUUGCUUGAGGUAAAUGGAAGUUUAUUGACACAUGUAACACAUGCUGAAGCUCAUCAUCUUUUAACAACUCCAUCAUCUAUAGUACAAUUCACUGUUUUUCGUGAACCAGUAUCCUUGAACGCUCAACAAUCUCAACCACAAUAUCAACAAGAAAUAUUCUAUGUUAAAUUGUGUAAACGUCAGGGGAAAGUGCUUGGAAUUAAACUUGUUGGGAAAAAGCACUUACCAGGACUUUAUGUACUAGAACUUGUAGCCGGUUGUGAAGCAGAUCUUGAUGGAAGAAUGAAAAAAGAUGAUCGUAUAUUAGAAAUUAAUGGAAUAGACUUGGAAAAUGGAACACAAGAACAAGCAGCUCAAAUAAUUAAUUCUGUUUCAGAUUAUGUUAUCUUUAAAAUAAGUCGACGGAAUCGUUCAGAUACACCAGAUAUCUUAAGAACAACAACAGAUUCUGAAGAAAAACUAGAGAAUAGUCUGUUAACAUUAGAAUCACUCCAGUUGAGUUCAACUGAUCAUCCGAAUAAACAGGACUCAUCAAAUAUUAGUCAGCAUAACUUUGCAUGGUCUAACAGUUUAGAAGAUCGUGACACGAAUGCUUCAAGUACACAUUCAACUACAGAAUUGAUACGUCCUUCAACUGAACAAAAAUUAGCCUGUUAUAAUCCUACAACACCGAAUUCAGCGGUUACAGUAAAUGAUGAUAGUCAUCUGAGUAAAAUGAGCAGCUGCAAAGAGCCACGUAAUCGAUCUAAUUCAUUGGAUUCAGUUAUUGCAUUCAAUUCACGUACUCAUCAAAAUAACACGAAUAGAUUGCCGAAACAAUUUAUUUCAACCUCUGCUGAACCACCAUCCUGUCAAGAAAGGACUAUUGUUGUAAAUAAGGGUCCUGAAGAACCUUUAGGCAUAUCAAUUGCUGGAGGACGUCAAUCACAGCGUGGAGAUACACCUAUAUAUGUAACAAAUAUAAGUUCUGAAUGUGUUCUAGGUCGUUCAAAGUUGAUUCAGCGAGGUGAUAUUCUAUUAGAAGUCAAUGGUGUUGGUCUAGUUGGUCUUACGCAUCAUGAAGCUGUUGAAGUUCUCCGACAAAUAAGUCUAAUGCAAACACGAAUACAGUUGCGUGUCAUUACAGCUCCGGAAACAAGUGAUGGUCCAGAAAACUUUAUGCCUUCUUGGACAUAUUGGCUUCGAUUACCACCAAUUUGUCAACUGGCUCGAGUAAUUCUUCUUCGUCGAGAAAGUAGUAGUACGCCGAGUUUUAGCGGUUGUUCUUUUUCACAACCACUCGGUUUCAGUAUUGUUGGUGGUUUAGGUCAUGAUCAAGGGAUAUCAGGCCAAUCUAAUUCGAACACUUCUGAUGGGAAAAUUAUUAAAUCAUCUCCAAAAGUCACCGCCAAAGUUGGUUACUCUAACCUUUAUCCUUGUCCAAUUGUGAUAAAAUCUAUAGUUCCUGGACUCCUUGCCCAUAAAGACGGUCGACUAAAGUGUGGUGAUCUUAUCUUAGCUGUGAAUAACAUAUCAAUGCUGAAUAUUCCUCAUUCAUCUGCAGUUCGUUUGUUAAAAAAGGCAACUGGUGAUGUUGUUCUACAAGUGAUUUCUUGGCCUGGUACAAUUGUUUGA